GAACAUCGUAACUUUAACUUGAACGUUCUGUCAAUGCUGUCUGGCAGCCCGUGAUGUGGCACGGGCACGGCAUCCAAUACACUUCGUUCUUUACCAGAAGUUCCGUGACAGAACCUUAUACAACAUAUACAUAGAAGCCGUAUGUACUCCCAUGAUCACAGCCUCAGACACAAGCUACACUAUUCCAUUCAAGCACUGUCCCUUCCGUUCGAUCUAGCUCUUCAUACCCAUGGAUCUCGUCCUUCGGGUUCAGACCGAAGAUCACUUAGCCCUUGCUCUUCAGGACGAUGAACACAGCCCAGAGUCUUCUCGGACAUAUCAGGCCAAAUUGGCUAAGGUGUUGAAUAAUUUGGGUCUACCUAUACCAGACGAAUACCAUCCAAAUUGGAAGAAUACCUAUGUUGAUUGUUAUUACAAAAGGACCCGUAGCGACGCCAGGUUCUAUGACAUGUUCGAUAUCGGCAUCAACAAUGCCAGACGUUCGAAGAAGCAAAUGGACAAGUUAGGCAUAUCAUCCAUAUCUCUUCGGCGCUAUGACUCUCUAGAGUUACUAGACUCGUCGCACUGGACAUUGCAACCGGACGUCCGACUUUUGCGACGUAUGGAAGGAUCAGAGCUACCAUCCAGUUCGCGAGGUCGCUCUGCGUCUCCCCGCCGUACGCGUAAAGAUCUCUCGGUUGAGCUAACAUCCUCAAGGCGGCGGCGACGACGGCGAGAACGACGACACGCUCCAGUUCUCGAUGAUUCGGAAUUGUCACUUCCCAUUCGUGACAAUAAAGAUAUUCACUCGAAUCCUGGAAAACGCAGGGAUGCUCAGAUUUCUUCCGGAGACUCCGUAUCGACAUCAGAAGGGGCCGUGAUUACGCGAACCACCACAACUGGGAUCCAUGGCCUUUCUGCUAAGCCAGUCGACUCUCCCAUUCCAAACGCUCUCAUUACUUCCAAGCAACAUUCGCAGCCUUCCUAUCGAGACUCGGAGUUGAAACGCGAGCUGUGGGACGUGCGUCGUCAGUUGACAGCACUGAAAGCGAGAGAAGAACAUAUACUUCGUCAAAUAGACGAUUUAGGCUCCUCCAAGGGCCGAGACUUCUCGCCGGGUACUCUGUCCGAGGCAGAAUCUUCGGAUUUGAAUAAAACGCUCGAGAGUGAAGGCGACCAUGAUCUACGCGCUAUUCGUAGAGAACUGUCUGAGGAGCGUAAAAGCAAGGUCGAAAUACGUGAGGACCUCCUUCGCGAGCAAAAGCGUCGACUCGACCUUGAGGAUUGUCUUGAUCACGCAAAUAGGCGACUGGAUGAGUAUCCCGUGAUGGUGCCCGCCGUCCAGGAAGCUCUUGAAAUGCUAUCCCUACUAACUGAAGGCGUGAUGCUUGCUGUGCAUGGCCACGGGGUUUGAUUAUUGCUUUUACAACCUGGCCUGCAAUACAUCGACGAUGAUUUAGCAACCAUUUCAUGACAUAUUUUGUUUUAGAUCUGUCUCAUUCAUUGCUAGCGUGUUUUAUAGAUGCUGGUUUCCAUCCGUUCUUUUCGCCUGUGCCUUUUUAGUACUUAGCUUUCAUACACGAUUCGAAGGGAAUGAUCUGUGGGCGCUCGUUCCGCCGGAUGUUAAUUCUGCGGCUUUGAUCAUCAUGAUCACCAGCAAAGCGAACCUCGAAAUAAUCUAUUUCAACU